AUGCGCACCAAUAUGCUAGCGUCAGUCGGCGCGCUUGCUCAGAUGGGUAUCUGGCAUGCCUUGCUCCCAGCGGCGCAGGCGCAGAUGAAGGUCAGCAGCUUUGACGGAGCCGUGACGAACGACGAGAUACAGUCGUUCAACGACUUCGUCACCACGCUCACGCCGGGCAAGAACAACAGCGGCAACGAGUGGGCGCAAGGCCACAGCGGAGAAGAGACCAAGGCAAUGGGUCUCGUCUACCUCAUGGCCGGCCAGCAGACGACGCUGGACCAGAUGCUCCGAUUUUGCGAUGCUGUCCUCUCCGAGCGCAACGAUCUGGCAAAGGCGCCGGUAGGCCAGUACAAACUCUGGACUGGACGUAUCGACCCAGCCUGGCCGAACGAUGUCACUGCGGAUCCGAUCCAGACCGGCGGCGAGCAAGGCGACCCCGUCGGCCACCUGGCCAGCUGCGCGUAUCUGAUCCUGAAGACCAAGAAUCUCUACAACCAGAACGUAAGCAUCGGCGACCCGCACAGCUACGGCGCGACGUACCUGGAGCGGGCCACAACCUACCUCAAGCAGGCGGACUUGGCCAUGAGCGGGCACAUCCUGAAUUCGCUGCUCGAUCUGUCAAACGGCAACAAGAUGUAUUUCGCGAAGGACUCGCCGUACAAGGGUGGUGACCCCGUCCCCUGGAACCAGCAGAUGAUGUUCAACUACGCGUUCCAGAACCUGUGUAACGCGCACCGCAUCCUGGCCGACGACGCCAAGCUCUUGGCCCAAUACAAGAAGAUCAUCAACGCGAGCCUGGGGUGGUUCUUCAACGAGGGCGGCGUGACCAUCAAGACGAGCAGUCAGGGCAACAAGAUCUAUGACUGGGGGUAUGCGAUGCCGAAGACGAGCGGCGAGGACUCGAACCAUGGCUCGUUGGACGUUGCGGGCUUCUACCGGGCUUACAUCACCGGCGAUUAUAACAUCACGGCCGAGCAGAUGACGCCGUUUGCGAACAUGUUCGUCGAUGUCAUGACCCUGGGUGGCGGACAGUACGCCGGGACUGUCGAGGGCGACUCUGGCUCAGGGCAUGCUGCGGAUACUGAUUAUAUACGCAGUGGCUACCUGUUUCUGGCGGACUUUCGGGCGGAUGCGUAUGAGGAUAUGAUGGGGGCGGAUUUGGCGGUUGGCAAGACCACGGGCAGUGCUGAUGAGUUCUCGAGGUUCUUGUGGGUGAAGAAUCAGCGGGCCACUGGGAAGUGA